CAUGCCACCGCCAUCUCCCGUUAGAAAACAGGAAGAACGAAAAAGAAAAAUCUCCUGAUUUUUCAGAUUUCUCGAUCUCAACACAGAUCGAAAGAUCUGAACUGUCCAUCAUGAAUAUUUUCAGAUUAGCAGGGGACAUGACCCAUCUGAUGAGCGUCAUCGUCCUCCUCCUCAAGAUCCACACCAUCAAAUCCUGCGCUGGCGUUUCUUUGAAGACCCAAGAACUGUACGCUCUUGUUUUUGCAAGUCGUUACCUGGAUAUUUUUACUGAUUUUAUCUCACUGUACAAUUCCGUCAUGAAGUUGAUUUUCCUGGGGAGCUCAUUUUCAAUUGUAUGGUACAUGAGACACCACAAGAUUGUCCGCAGAUCUUAUGAUAGGGAACAAGACACAUUCCGCCAUCUGUUUCUCAUAUUACCAUGCCUACUUUUGGCCUUAUUUAUUAAUGAGAAGUUCACUUUUAAAGAGGUAAUGUGGGCAUUUUCCUUGUAUUUGGAAGCUGUUGCAAUACUUCCUCAGCUGGUCUUGUUGCAAAGGACUAGGAAUAUUGACAACUUGACUGGGCAAUAUGUACUCCUCCUUGGUGCGUACCGAUCAUUGUACAUUCUCAACUGGAUUUACCGCUACUUCACCGAGCCACACUACAGUCAUUGGAUAACGUGGAUAUCUGGGCUUGUGCAGACAUUGCUGUAUGCUGAUUUCUUCUAUUAUUACUUCAACAGCUGGAAAAACAACGUGAAGCUCCAGCUACCAGCUUGAGGCAAUGGAUCAACUAAUCUUGAGACUUGCAGAUCAAGGACCCAAUGCCACAUACAACAACAUAUACGCGUUCCAUUUGGAUGUAUUUUUACAGGGACUGUUGGA